UACCGGAACAAUAUGCGGAGUGACGAGCAUGUUAGUGUCGCUGACUUUCGCGCUACUGUCACUCAAUCUCUUUUACGCCCAAGAGAUUGCCGAGGCGAUGUGCUACCAGCCUACGUACAACACAAUGUGGUUAGGAGUUGUAGUGUUCAUGGUGGGAAUAGUUGGAAACUUCUACCACCACUGCAUACUUGCCCGGAUACGAAACUCGGCCGAGGGGCUUGCUGCGACGGCCCGACGGGACAGCAUCACCACCAAGAAGUACAUUGUUCCACACGGAGGAUUGUUCGACAAGGUAGCGUGCCCGCAGUACCUGUUCGAAAUAGGCACCUUCAUUGGGAUUUCAAUGAUCAGCCAAACAACAAUGUCUCUUGCCUGUGCGGUGUUCGUCAUGCUCUACCUCACUGCAAGGAGCUUCUCCACCCGGGACUGGUAUGUUCAGAAGUUGGAAGGCUUUCCAAAGACUCGGAAGGCUCUUAUUCCCAACGUUCUUUAACCGAACCACUGUAUUUUCUUCUUCCUUAGCUUAACUGCAGAACAAAGUUACGCAAACAACGCAAGACGCAGUCUUUCCUCACACUUUUUUUUUUUCUCUCUCCCUCCUCUUGGAAGGCAAACACAGCAGCAGCAGAGCUACAGGGAAGUCCUAAAAGAGAGCACGGAGAGGAUUAAUGACCCACACUAUAAACCAUUCUUAAAGGCGAACCCAAACCGGAG